AGGCAGAGCUCUUCAUUGAGGUGGGCUCCAGGAGGGCUCUGAGCCUCUGCUCAGCCAAGCUCCAGCCAGAAGCCUUGGGAGGCAGAGGAGGCGCUGAGCUGCAGCUGCUGCCCAGCUCUCAGGCGGGAGCUGGACUCUCUUCCUCUGCUGCAGGCACGGGGACAGCCAGGCUCAACUCCGCCUGAGCCAUGCCAGCCAACCUCACAGAGGGCAGCCCCAAUUCCAACGGGACCAUGCAGACACUGGAUUCCUCCCCAGUCCUUUGCACCGGCACAGUGACUUUCACUGAAGUGGUGGAAGGAGAGGAAUGGGGCUCCUUCUACUACUCCUUCAGGACUGAGCAGCUGAUAACUCUGUGGGUCCUCUUUGUUUUCACCAUUGUUGGAAACUCCAUCGUGCUGUUCUCCAUAUGGAGGAGGAAGAGGAAGUCGAGAAUGACCUUCUUUGUGACCCAGCUGGCCAUCACAGACUCUUUCACAGGACUGGUCAACAUCUUGACCGAUAUCAUCUGGCGAUUCACUGGAGACUUCAUGGCCCCUGAUCUGGUUUGCCGAGUGGUCCGCUAUUUGCAGGUUGUGCUGCUCUACGCCUCUACCUAUGUCCUGGUGUCUCUCAGCAUAGACAGAUACCACGCCAUCGUCUACCCCAUGAAGUUCCUGCAAGGAGAAAAGCAAGCCAGGGUCCUCAUUGUGAUUGCCUGGGGCCUCUCUUUCCUGUUCUCCAUUCCCACCCUGAUCAUAUUUGGGAAAAGGAAGCUCCCCAGUGGUGAAGUACAGUGCUGGGCCCUGUGGCCUGAUGACUCCUACUGGACCCCGUACAUGACCAUCGUGGCCUUCCUGGUGUACUUCAUCCCUCUGACCAUCAUCAGCGUCAUCUAUGCCAUUGUGAUCCGAACUAUUUGGACUAAAAGCAAAGCCAGUGAGACGGUGAUUUCCAACUGCUCAGAUGGAAAGCUGUGCACCAGCUACAACCGAGGGCUCAUCUCGAAGGCAAAAAUCAAGGCCAUCAAGUAUAGCAUCGUCAUCAUUCUUGCCUUCAUCUGCUGUUGGAGUCCGUACUUCCUCUUCGACAUUUUGGACAACUUCAGCCUCCUUCCAGACACCAAGGAACGAUUCUACGCCUCUGUGAUCAUUCAGAACCUGCCAGCCUUGAACAGCGCCAUCAACCCCCUCAUCUACUGUGUCUUCAGCAGCUCCAUUUGUUUCCCUUGUGGGGACCAAAGAUCACAGGAUUCCAGAAUGACAUACCAGGAGAGAACCGAGAGGCACGAGAUGCAGGUUCUGUCCAAGCCAGAAUUCAUCUAGACCCUGGGGGAGUGGUAGUGCUGGCUGAACCCCAUCAGCUCUCCUGGGUCCUUGUCACCACCUUGGGCAUGUGCAUGAAGCCUGAGCCGACUUCUCCACCCUACUCCUUUCAUCACCUGGGGGAUGUACAAGGCAAACAUCCUAAUGAGUGUGUGUCACCUUCAUUAGCAAGUAUCAGCCAAUAUGACAUCACCAACUACUCAUGCCAGCCAGGAAAGAUGCCCCCUCCUUCCCCACCACUCCCAGCUCUCUUUUCCAGUGGUCAGCACCAGAGCCUAAUGGACAGAGGCAUCACUGGCCCACGUGGUCCAGUCUUGGGCAAGCAGAGGGGACUGAAAAAGCAUGGUUGUAUAUGAGUCUUCUACUUACAAUUUAAGAAGUAAAUGAAAGACUUACCGAGACCUAAAUUUCCCCCCCAUUUCUGGAUUGGAGGUUCAGUAGUUGUAGCCAAGAAGAUGUUUGUCCUUGAAAUGCCAACAAAUUCAUUUCCAGGCAUUGGCGCUUUCCAUCUCCUCUGCAGAUGGCCUUGGUUUGCAGAUGGGUAUGUUGGCAGCAGUCAACCUCACAAUUCCUUUGUAUCAACAAAUGAUUUGUGGAACAAUCACAACUGCUGGCCCUCCAGAGCAAGGUAAAAAUUGAGAGGAACUUUCUCUGAUAGGAAAAGAAAUAGUGCUAAGAAGUCAUGGGCCCCAGACCUCUAGUCUCUGAGAGUUGGGACCUGGGUCUCAUAUGUCUUUAAGGCUCUCCAAAGGCUCCUCCCUUUGCAUUCAACAUUUGGGCCACUCUGGGCUCCAUUCCUCACACCUCAGGGACACUUCUUCCCCUUUGAACUCUUUGAGCCUUAUCUUAGUUAGAAGCUGAAUUCCUGUGGCUUUUCCAGGCAUGAGGUUUCUCUAAGCUCUUUAUCGUUUUUGCACGUCGCAGCCCUUGUCUAUCUCACACCUCGCCCGGGAAGCACAAGUGGGCUUAUUUUGACAAGUCUGGAGUUUGGUAUUUAUAAGCAUAAUCCAAGUGAAAUAUGACUAAAUGUUUUCUAGUCAAUUUUUACCGUUGGAUUUUUCCAUAAGUGGAAGUGUAAUAAUUUAAUUUGAUUAUAUAUACAUCCCCACCCACGGCUCUGGGAUGCGCCUGAGCUCCUUAUUUUUAGCCUCACAUACGUUCUUGACAUUAAAAUCUCCUUGGCAAAAUCCUCCUUCCCAGAAUUAUUCUGAGCUUAAACCCUUUUUUUUUUUGGCCUACUGCUAGCAGAGUCAUUAAAAUGUGCAGUGUAUUUUAAUAGCACUCCAUUCCUCAUUAUGGUGUCAACCCAGAGACUACAUGUUUAAGGUCACAGUGGCAAUUUUUCCAUAAACUCUCUUUUCAAUUCCAUCUGACCUUAGGGAAAGUCUCUCCUUAGGCAGAGAUUAGACUCCUCAGUCACCAUUUCUCUGAGAAUUAUUCUCUGAAUUUGAGCAGCAUCUAGUUUGAUGUCUACAUAACAGUUUUGAAGGCUGCUUCACUCUCUGUCCCAUUAGAGCCACCCUGGAAGCUUUGAGUGGCUGAGAAGUACUUUAAAUCAAGAUGUGCCACAAAAGACCUACAGAAUCAUUGCUAAAAUAGCUGCCUGCAUGGGAGCCAAUUAACAGCAAAAUCUGGCGAGUGUCCUAGAUGGCAAAACAGGAGGCCUGGGUUCCCUUGACAGAUGCUUUCAACUUCUGUCAAGUUCUGGUCUGCAGAAGACAUUACAUGCCUACCUCAUCCAUCAAUAGAUUCCAAAAGUUAAAGAGAGACUCGAGUGAGGGGCUUUAUGCUCUUUAGGAGCUGUGAAUGUGGUUUUGUAUUUGUUGGAAUGCUGUAUCCCUUAUUCCCUGAGAAGACUGGAGAUCAGUAAAAGAAUGGUACAGGUUGCUGCAGGAUAAGCUGCCAUUAAAAUGAAACUUGCUGUAUAUAUUGGUGUGGAUUCUGGAAUCCCCAUUUCCAUGUAUUUGCUGAGCUUGAAGAAACAUGGUUUAAAAAUUGUGAGAACACUGGAAAUUACUUGUCUUAUGGCCUUGGACAAAUCAUUUAAUGUCUCUGGGCAUCAACUGGCUCACCUGUAAGAUGGGAACAAAAUAAGACACCAGAGCAGAGGGUCUUGUGAGUUCUUUACAGAUACAGGUUCUGAGAUUGAAUUGGCCUAAAUUGCACGCAGAGAGUCAGAGCUUUUGGACUUCUUUCCCCAGGGGACCUGUGACUCAGUGACUCAGUGCUGAGUCAUUUGCCCUUUAGAAGGUGUAACUUCCCCAACUAUCACUUUGAAGUCAGAGAAACAUCAUUUCCCAACUGAGAAAUACAGUUGGAGCUCUUGGGAACAAUGAGAAGCGUAGUGUUGUGAUGUCACUGUUUGUAGCCUUGGAAGCCCAAGUGGGGUCAGAGAAGUCAACAGGUUGCUAUACAAAGUACAGAUACUUACUUCCCACACCAAGAUGUCAGAGAGGUCUACGGUUACGUUGUCACAGAGCUUCAGGUAUAGGUGAAGAUUUAGCAUAACCAGAGUAGGUGUGCUUAAUAUAUUCAGCUGCGCUAUAGAAAAAAAGUAUUUCCACUUUACUGAACUAAAAUAAAUGUGAAUGGUAAAAAUUUCUCUGAUUUCAUGGCUUGUGUGAAGCAUAAUGUAAUUGAAGUUUAAUUUCACCAAGCAACAUUUCCCACCUUUUUUCCCCAGAAAGUGGUAACACCUUUUUAAUGGCUUUAAUUUGUGAUUAAUCGUGAGAAAACAAAGUAUCCCUUUUAAAGGAAACAAACAUGCAGCUUGAACUUGUUCCUCACUUCAUCUGGACCACUCUAUCUACACAUAUACAGAAAGGACUUUGCUCUUCCUCCCGCAUCCACAGUGUGGAAAGGGACCAAAUCCUGGCUCUGCUGAGGAAACAGGAAACCAAAACUAUUUUAGCAGGAAAUAAAGUGAUUCCGCUCUUCUAGAAUCAUCUUAAGUAAGCUAUAGACAUGCAGGCAACUACAGUUCUUUUACAAUCUUUUGAAUAUGCCUCAUUUUUAUGCAGAUUUACCAAUAUUCCUGCAGCUUUUCAAUUGCAUUUGAUUGAAAGGAGAUGGUUGUAACUGUGUAAGUGCCAACCUCCUUGCUUUUGGAAACAUGAAAAACCCAUGUCUCAUUUCUCUGCCAUUGCAUUUUAAGGAUGCAUUAUCCACAACAAGGCUGGUGCAAUUAACAUUUGAAAAGUGCAAUUCCAUGCUUCUAGAAUGUUAAAGUGGUUGGAGGCUUGGAUCUUCUAGACUCAUGGUUUUCAGACUGCUCAGGGACCCCCUAAGGAGUUCCAAGGAGGUGAUUCAGUACUGAUAUUCAUACACACAACAAUAGCAUGUAAGUCUAGAGGAAGACAGAUGUAGUUAAGUUGUUUAAAAGUUUUUGAAUUACCUGGGAUGAUGAUAGAAUAUAGGUUACCAUUAGACAUUGAUACACCAAAAAAUUGUUAGUGCAGUUGAGUCAAUUUCGACUCCUAGUGACCCUGUGGAGCAGAACCCUGUCUUGUCUUUUUGUGCCCUUCUCUCACCUUCUGGCACUAUAUCAGACAACGCUCUGCUGCUAUCCAUAGGACUUCCAUGGCCAAUUUUUUUGGAAGUGGGGAUCAGGCCCUUCUUCCCAGUCUGUCUUAGUUUGGAAGCUCUGCUGAAACCUGUCCACCAUGGAUGACCCUGCUGGAAUUUGAAAUACAAGUGGCAUAGCUUUCAAUAUCAUAGCAACAUGCAGCCACUACAGUCUGACAAGCAACAGACAGGUGGUGUGGUUCCCUGACCAGGAAUUAGCCCAGCCCAAGGCAGUGAAAGCACCGAAUCUUAACCACUAGACCACCAGGGCUGGCUACACCAAGAACGUGUGUUGUAAUUUCAAGAAUGCAUGUUGUAAUCACUAAAAUAAUGGAAAUGAAGAAGUACAUAACUUCCAACUAAAAGACAAAGGAAACUGAAUAAUAAAAUCACUCACACAGUCCAAAAGAAGGCAAAAAAAGAGAGAAACAGGAACGUGAAUGGCUGGGCAGAUAGAAAGCACACAGGAAGAUGAUGGGUUCUUUAUCCAACUAUCUCAGUAACUGUAAUAAAUGUAAGCAGAUUAAAUGCUCCAGUUAAUAAUCAAAGAUUGUCACACUGGAUUUUUUAAAAAAGCCAACUGUCUGGGGGCUGGCCCCGUGACUGAGUGGU